AUGGCUGGACAAUCAAAAGAAGCCACCAUCCCACCAUGGGGUUUGGCAGUUGCUGGUGCCACAGGAGCUGUGAUUGCAAAUGCUAUGGUAUAUCCCCUGGAUAUUGUUAAAACCCGCCUGCAAGUUCAGGUCAAACGCAAACCGACCGAUGUAGCCCCAACGGGUGUCGAUGCGGUCCAUUAUACAUCGACUUGGGAUGCGAUUUCCAAAAUCGUUGCAGAUGAUGGGGCUGCUGGGCUCUAUGCCGGUAUCAAUGGCGCCUUGAUUGGCGUUGCUUCCACCAACUUUGCCUACUUCUACUGGUAUUCAGUAGUCCGAACCUUAUACAUCUCUUCUCAAAAAUUGUCUACCCCUCCAAGCACCGCGAUUGAGUUAUCCCUAGGGGCUAUCGCCGGAGCUGUUGCUCAGGUCUUUACGAUUCCUGUGGCAGUAGUUACUACUCGUCAACAAACACAAGGGAAGGGUGAAAGGAAAGGAAUGAUAGACACAGCACGGGAUGUUAUCAAUAGCGAAGAUGGCUGGACUGGCCUUUGGAGAGGUCUCAAGGCCAGCUUAGUGCUUGUUGUCAAUCCUGCCAUUACAUAUGGCGCAUAUCAAAGACUAAGAGAGGUGAUCUUCCCGGGAAAGUCAAACCUCAAACCUUGGGAAGCAUUUGUAUUGGGGGCGAUGUCGAAGUCCCUUGCGACCAUUUUGACCCAGCCUCUAAUCGUUGCAAAGGUUGGACUUCAAUCAAGACCACCUCCCUCCCGAGAGGGUAAACCUUUCAAAAGUUUCAUCGAAGUGAUGCAAUUUAUCGUCCACAAUGAAGGGUUAUUGGGACUCUUCAAGGGAAUUGGUCCACAAAUCACUAAAGGACUCAUUGUUCAAGGCCUCCUCAUGAUGACGAAAGAAAGAAUGGAGUUGCUUUUCAUCCUUCUCUUCAGGUAUCUUCGAAAGAUCAGAUCAGAACAGUUGCAAAAGGCAGCAGAUCUUGCAGCAUCAAAAGCCAAGCAAGUUCUGCCGGUCAUGAUCAAGUCAUAG